CAAACAGCUUCCCAUCUCCAUUUUGGAUAAAAAUCGUCUGGGUCGAAAUUUGCUAAAAGGUGGGGGGUUCUGCAGAAGUAAUUAUUAGCAUUCUCGGGGCAGCAUAUAUUUACUGGGCAAGAAAGGUAACCAGCCACUUUGGGCGGACUCUAAUUUAUUGCUUCAGAUUCAACCAACAAUGGCUCUUAAUCUUGCCCCAAAGAUUUCUGUCCCUAAUAUCAACUCCAUGGAGAGACCUCAAACUAAAUUUGGUAAACUGCAAUUUAGGUGUUAUGUAGUUGAACCAUCUUUCUCGAGUCGUCGUCGAAUAAUAGCACGUACUACCACUGCCACAUUGUUGGCUGUUCUGACCUUCAACUGCAUUUCGACUCCAUUACCAGUACGGGCCGAAUCGGACGAGGACCAAGGUGUUGCAGGGGCUAUUAAAUCGUUGUUUGAUCCUAAUGAGAAAACAAAGUCAGGUAAAGUGUUGCCAAAGGCUUAUGUAAAGUCGGCAAGAGAAGUCGUGAAAACGCUGCGCGAAUCGCUGAAGGAGGAUCCCAAGGAUGUCGCUAAAUUUAGGCGAACGGCGGAUUCGGCAAAGGAGUCGAUCCGAGAUUAUUUGAGUAAUUGGAGGGGGCAAGAGAAGUUGGCUGGUGAGGAAUCAUAUAUGGAACUGGAAAAGGCGAUUAGAGCACUGGCCAGUUUCUACUCAAAGGCAGGUCCCUCUGCUCCAUUGCCAGAAGAGAUUAAGAAUGAGAUAUUGAAUGAUUUGAGCACAGCUGAAGAAUUUUUGUAGUGCACAUGAUACAUAUAUACAGCUCCUUAGUUGAAAGCAGUGUUGUUAUUAUUAUUAUUUUGGUUGUUUAAGUUUGAUGCAUUUAUUUGAUAAAAAUAUAAAAAAGUUCGAUAA